AUGGGCACAACGAGCUAUAUCGGUGACUAUGCUCAUUUCCUUUCUACUCGUUCACUUGGGGGAGGAAUCGCUUACCUGCUUAGUAACCCCUGCACCACUGCAAAACAAUUCAAAUCCGCUGUCAGCGCGAUUAAUAAUACCUAUUUCAAUUUUCCCACCUAUUCGUGGACGGUAGAAGUGGUCACCCAUGAGUUGGGACAUAAUCUUGGAUCAAACCACACACAAUGGUGCGGAUGGGUAGGUGGAGCACUGGAUAAUUGUUAUACAACCGAAGGAGGUUGCUCACCUGGCCCACAACCUUCAAAUGGAGGCACGAUCAUGAGCUACUGCCAUCUUACCAGCACGCAAAUCAAUUUUAAUAAUGGCUUUGGCCAACAACCCGGUGACAGAAUAAGACAGGUGAUAGGAAGCUCUUCGAGCUGUCUGGGUGUUUGUCGCAUGACGAUCUCUGUUACUAAACAAGAUGCCUCCUGUGGUCAGAACAAUGGUUCAGCUACCGUGACGGCAGUUGAUGGAACAGGCACAGCGGGUUUUUGCACUGGAGGAAGCCUGCUACUUUCAUCCACUAACAAUGCCGCCUACACUUAUGUCUGGAGGAAAGACGGCAAUAUCAUUGCUGGCGCCACUAGUUCUAGCUAUAUGGCAACCGUUGCGGGUACUUACGCGGUCACUGCUACUUCCGGGGCCUGCUCUGGUACGCAAACUGUUGUUGUAUCUGUCGUGCCGCCUCCUGUAGCCAAUAUAGUUGCUGGUGGUGUUACGACAUUUUGUGAAGGAAGCAGUGUGUUGUUAAAUGGGAACGCUGGUGGUGCAUAUACGUACCAAUGGUAUAACAAUGGAACCCCUGUGCCGGGUGCCAAUGGAACAAGCUACAAUGCGACAACCAGCGGUAACUAUACAAUUAAAAUUUCGGCGGGUGCCGGAUGUGAAGUAACAUCAGCACAAGUUGGUGUUACGGUGAAUCCGACUCCGCAGGCUACGAUAAGUGCGGCUUCAGUUACCAGUUUUUGCGCAGGUGGUUCGGUGCGGUUGAAUGCAAGCAGUGGCAGUAAUUAUGGUUAUCAAUGGUAUCGCAAUGGUAAUAUUCUUUCGGGGGAAACGCAAUCAACUUAUACGGCAAAUACCAGUGGAAGUUACACGGUACAGACAACCAUCGGCACUUGUUCGAAAACAUCUGCGGCAACCAAUAUAACGGUGUGGGCAAACCCGGUUGUGACAGUAUCACCGGUAAAUGUGACGAUCGAAAAAUUCCAGGCGCAAACAUUAACGGCCGGAGGCGCAUCAUCGUAUAAUUGGUUAGUACAGCCGGCCAUG